AUGUCGGACCUACAGAAACUACUGACCCGGCGGAACGCCCUACUAAUUCAGAUGAGAGGAGAGCUUUCAGUCGCAGACGCUGUCAAGGAGCGGAACCCUUCCCGAAGUGAGGUUAGGGACCGACUGAACCAGCUGAAGGAGCUUGCGGUCAGCUUCCGAGAGACACAAGGGAUCAUCGAGGAAACACAGGAAAAUCCAGAAGUUAUUGCAUCUGUCCACGACGUGCGGGAAGAAUUCUUCGGGAUGUUUUAUCGAGCAAAGGAUAUUUUCGAAGGUUAUCUUGACAUUGAUGAUAUCGAGUCGUCAGCUAGUCAGCAAACCAAUGCGCAGACGGCGGAUUGGAAGGAGGCAUUGCAUUUGCUAAUCGAGACGCAGCGGAAACUUUUGAUCGACCAAGCUUCGACGACAAAAGCUGUGCAGCAUUUGUCACAGUUAUCGAGUGGCGCUAUUCCCAGCGGAGGUCAGGUUUCAAAUGGCUUACCCCAGAUCAAUGUUCGAUUGCCUGCUAUCAAUAUUCAACCAUUUGGUGGUGAUCGGAGAUAUUGGAUGACGUUCAAGGAUAUCUAUAUUUCUACGAUCCACAAUCGAGGAGACAUAUCCGAUGCAUUAAAAAUGCAGUACCUCUUUUCAUACCUCGAAGGAGACGCUAAGAGAUUAGUCAGCAAAUACACUAUCUCUGGUGCUAACUACCAAAAUGCAUGGAGUACUCUUGCCAACCACUUCGACAAAAAGCGAUACACGGUGUUUUCGUUGGUGCAUGAGUUCCUGUCCCAAUCGCCAAUAACUCAAGCAAAUUCGCAGUCACUGAGCAGGCUAGUUACCACAUCCGAUGAAAUCAUUCAGCAAAUGGACGCAUUGGGUCCCGAGUUCACAGGGCGGGAUCCGUGGUUAAUCCACCUCAUUUUAGAGAAACUGGACAAGGAGACACGAACGAGUUGGUCACAUGAAGUCGUCGACACCGAUGAUCCCACCUUCAAUGAUUUGCUGGAGUUCCUUAAAAAGCGCAGCGAGGUGCUGGAAACGUGUUCUGCAUUUGCAACCAAAACAGCAAGCGACCCAAAGAAAGAGACAACCAAACCGGCUCCAACAAAGUUUAAGGCGCUGCAUACUGUUGUGGAGAAAAAGUGCGCGAAGUGCUCCAGUGAGCAUAGAAUAUAUCAGUGCGAACAGUUCAAAAAUAUGAGUGUAAAAGACCGACGUGAUUUAGUGCAAAAGGCCAAACUAUGCUUCAAUUGUAUAUGUCCAUCACACUCAGUAAAAUCGUGCUCGUCGAAGUCGGUUUGCCAUAAGGCGGAAUGCAAACAGCGGAAUCGCACAAUGUUGUGCCCCGUAGUAAAGAAGAUCGAAGAACAAGAAGUGAAGAAUGUGGAAGUCAACGUUACGGCAACGGAAGUUCCCGCAAGGGAUGAAGAUACCGUUGUGACCUUGGCAGUUGUAGUGGAUAAAGAGGAGAAGCAAUGUUUUUCAGUGCUAUGUACCGCAAUAACAUCAUUGGUAACCGAAGCCUUUGUUCGGAAGCUGAAGUUACCUCGCCGGAAUGGGAAGCUCGUCGUGAACGGUCUUGGCCAUCAGGAAAUGGGAACAACGCGUGGGUUGGUUUCUUUGCGCAUAGCAUCUCGGUUCAACAACAACGUAGUCCUGACCACCGAAGCCUACAUUCUUGGGAAAUUGACCACCACAAUCCCAUCUCAGCGGUUCAACUGUUCCAAUAUGAAGCUUCUCAACAAUCUAGGAGAAUUGGCGGACCCGCAAUUCAACCGACCAAGUGCAAUAGAUAUCAUACUAGGGGCUGACGUUUUUCUAGCUCUUCUAGAGGGAGGACAAGUGAAGAACGAAAGUGGCCAUACAGUGGCCCAACGUACAGUGUUCGGAUGGAUUGUCGCUGGACAGUACGAUGCAUCAGGAACCACACAAAGUAACCACACCAUUGUGAACCUGCAUGUUGAAACGGAUCUAAACCGGACCUUGCAGCAGUUCUGGGAGCAGGAGGAGAUUUUCAAGCCACCAUCGCUUACUCUUCCUGAGCAGCAGGUCAUUGAACACUUCAAUUCGACCUUGCAACGCGAUGAAACAGGGCGCUUUAUCGUCAGACUUCCGUUUGAUGAUUCGAAGCCGGCGCUCGGCGAUUCUCUUGCCGUAGCCGUAAAAAGACUGAAAUCCAUCGAGAGACGAUUUACACUCGAUCCGGAGUUCAAACGUCAGUAUACAUCGUUCAUGCACGAAUACAUGGAACUCGGCCACAUGGAAGAGGUUCCAUCCAAUCAAGUGGAACGACCCAGCAGCGAGUGUUUUUAUCUGCCGCACCACGCCGUUAUCAAAAAUGACAGUUUGACAACAAAAUUACGUGUCGUUUUCGACGCCUCCUGUGCAUCAUCAUCGGGAGUCUCGCUGAACGAUAGACUAUUGGCGGGACCAAACAACAACUCUGACCUUUUUGAAGUAUCUUUGCGGUUCCGUUCUCACCGAGUAGCCUUUUUUGCAGAUGUCACCAAAAUGUAUCGCCAAGUUUUGGUACAUCCAAUGGACCGUGACUUCCAACGCAUCGUUUUCCGCGAGGAACCGGAUCAGCCAAUCAGACACUACCGGCUGUGUACUGUAACAUACGUAGAGGCUAUCAAGCGCAACUUUUACGUCGACGAUUUUUUAUCCGGUGCAGAAGACGAAGAAAAGGCAAUCCAGCUGAAAAACCAAGUGGUCGAAAUUCUUUCCUCGGCUGGUUUCGAACUCCGUAAAUGGUCUUCGAACAACAGAAAUCUUCUGCCAAAUAACGACAAUGAUAAAGCUACCCCGGUUCCGGUGAAAAUGUUGAAUGAUAGCGAGACUGUGAAGGCACUGGGAAUCAACUGGUAUCCAUCCGAAGACAAAUAUGGAUUCAAGGUCAACUUCUCCCCAUUUAAUGUCAAUACUAAGCGUCAGAUGAUUUCAGACUCAGCGCCAGCGGUUGGCGCCAGUAACGGUUAA